AUGACAGCCCUCAGGGCACUCUUCCUCUUUGCCAUUAUAUUCGCCAUAACUAGAACAGGGUCUUCUAUUCAGUGUGAGGUAUCUCACAGCAUCAGAGCAAUGAGCAAACGGAGUACCUCUCUCCAGACCUGUGGCUCCGAGUUUGACGCCUGUGGGUUGUUGGUGAUUGAAGCAACAAGGUCUGGAAAAACAGUGAGAACGGUUAAAAAGUCAUGCACGACGAGAGCGAGCUGCGUUCCUGGUGCCAUAUUUAUGCGUCUUGAUAAUGGACUGAGGGAGGCAGGGACCAGCAUCUGCUGCACUACUGAUCGCUGCAAUGCAGGGAUUCCUGCAGUACCAACUUGGAACAACACCCUAAAUGGACUCUGGUGCCCUUCCUGUAGCACCAACCACCCUGAGCCAUGCCAGCGAGAGACCAUCCGUUGCAGAGGAUCAGAAAACAAGUGUUUUCUCAGAAUAUCUGGUUCCAUCGUCCACAUCGGCUGCGCCACCGAAUCUUUCUGCGCCAACUCCGCCCAAACCGGGAUCACCAUUACAGACGAGCUUGGGGUGCUCUUGAGUUCUCAAAGGAUAUAUUGCAUAGCGGCAUAUAAAGGUUAA